UUUCCUGUGGCUCGCAGAGCCAGUUGGUUUGCUGGAACAAAGUUGCAAGUUUUACUAAAUUGUUAAAACGUUUCUUCAACGCUAAGAUUUUGUAUGUCGGAGUCGCAAUGGGAGGCAAUCAAUGCUGCGUUAUAAGCUGCAAGGCUACAUCCCACGACCACCAGGGCAAGAAACUGGACAACGGGUUAUCUUUCUACCGCUUCCCGGCGUGGAAGCAGACCGGAGGGACCCAACUCUCGGACAUAACAAAGAGGCGUCGCAUGGCGUGGAUAGCCGCGGUGGAACGCUCCGACUUAACUUUCGACAAAAUCCCCGUAUCGGUGAAGGUGUGCUCGCGGCAUUUCGAGUCUGGUCAGCCAGCCAAUGAGAUGCUUGAGGACGACCCCGACUGGACGCCACACCUGCACCUGAAGCAGGACGACGAGCCCAGCGACGCCACCACCACCACCCCUGGCGAAGACGGAGACCAGCUACAGGAGCCCAGCCAGGACAAUCAGAACGGCGGCGGGGAGCCGGAGUGGAAGCGGGCGAAGCGGUCCGGUUCCGGUUCUGGGUCGGGGUCGGAGGAGUGCGAGUUCUGCUCGGUGCGGCGGGACCAGAUCAACCGGCUGCUGGCGGAGAACCAGGAGCUGCGCUACGAGCUGGAGCGCCGUCGCUACGACGAGCUCUCCCUGGAGGAGGACGACGAGAAGGUGCGCUACUACACGGGGCUGCAGUGCUUCGCCGUGCUCAUGGGCGUCCUGCAGCACAUCCUGCCCCACCUGCCCGACGACGAGGCCGACCGCCGGCGACGACGCAGCUACUACCACCGCGUCUACGACUCCGCCUCCUCCGACGACGACGACGACGAGGACCACCGCGCCUCCGCCACGGAUACGACCUCCACGACCCGUCUCUCGCCCUUCCAGAAGCUUCUCCUGACGCUGAUGCGUCUGCGUCUCGACUUGCCCGUGGGCCACCUGUCGCACCUGUUCGGCGUCACCCCGGAGACGGUGGCGCGGACGUUCCGGGCGACGGUGCGGGCGCUUUACGCCCAGCUGGGCCCGCUGGUGGCGCUGCCCGACCGGGGCAGCCUCCUGGCCGGCGUGCCCGUGGAGUGGGCCUCGUCCCUGGGGGCGGGCCGCGCCGCGCUGCUGCUGCUGGACUGCCUGGAGGUGCCCAUCCAGAGGCCCAACAGCGCCACGGGCCGCGAGCAGACCUACUCCAGCCAGCGCCACACCUACACCAUGAAGUACCUGCUCGCCAUCACGCCGCAGGGCGCCAUCGCCUUCAUCUCGCCCGCCGUGGGGGGGCGCGCCAACGACAUGCAGGUGGCGGAGGCCAGCGGGAUCCUGGAGCGGCUGUCGAGCGGCGACUACGUGCUGGCGGAGCGAGGCUUCGAGCUCAAGGAGAACGCGGGCCUCAUGUGAGCGCAGGUGAAGUCCUCCGCCUUCGGGAAGGGCCGGCGCCAGUUCGACGUGAAGAGCGAGGAGGAGACGCGGGCACAGGUGGCACACCUACGAGGGCACCUGCAGCAGUUAAAACUGGACAGUCCUUUGGAGAGAAGCUGAACUCCAGAAUCCCCCAGAUCAUUGUGACUCAAGUCCAGCUGAAGCAGG